AUCUGCAACUAAAUUAUUAUUAUUAUUAUUAUUGAAAAAAAUUUAUGACAAAUGAAGUACAAUCCUACGUAUUUUGCCUGAUUCAACAAGUUUUACUACUAAUUUCUCCGAAGUCUCACAACAACAACAUGAAUUGUCACAUUUGUAUCCGACGUCUCCUCCUGUGACCCGACUUUUUCUCUUUCCUCCACCUUCCUAUAUCUCCGGGAGGCGUUUCUUCCUCCCCUUAACUUAAGCAGUUAAGCUCCACCGCACGGGAAGUCCCACCGUACGACACCGUUUCGAUCAUCACCGUCAUCAUGCCCUCGAAAACCUCCGCUUCACGCUCCGGAGUUACGCCGACCCAAUCGUAUUACCAUCCAAUUCCGACAGAGCCCGAGACCCAAUACGUCAUCGUUCUACCCCGUUACUACAACCCCAUAAGAUGGCGCCGCGGUCUAAUUUGGCUCGGUUCCCUCCUCCUCAUCGCCGCCAUCGUCUUCCUCUUGUGGCCUUCCGACCCGGAAGUCUCCGUCGUACGCCUCCGCCUCGAGCACCUCCGCGUUCACACUUUCCCUACACUCAACCUCGAUAUAACCCUUGACACCACUGUGAAAGUCCGCAACAGAGAUUUCUACUCCAUUGAUUUCAAUUCCCUAAUAGUUGCGAUUGGGUACAGGGGAAAGCAGCUGGGUUACGUCACAUCGGAUCACGGCCAUAUUAAAGCCAGGGGAUCAUCCUACAUUAAUGCCACGCUGGAGCUUAAAGGCGUUGAAAUUUUCUCCGAUGUGCUUCCGUUGAUUGAGGACUUGGCUAAGGGUGAGAUUACUUUUGAUACGGUUUCGAGAAUCGGUGGGCAGUUCGGGUUGUUCCUUUUUGAAUUCCCUUUGAAGGGAAAAGUAUCAUGUGAAAUUAUAGUCAACACUCGCAAUCAAACGAUUGAGCAUCAGAACUGUUACCCUGAGUGAUUGGUGUGGUGAUCAGAUUUGGGCAUUACAAACAGGAAUCAGGCAGCAGCUCUGAAUUUGCCCUGAUGACUUCCCAUUCCUCGUCGUACAGGUCAUACUGUUGAUAGUUUAGAGAUGAUAAUGUAAAUCGAGAUUAUUCAAUUUCACCGGAGGGGCUAUCAUUCCUAGAUCAUAGCUGCCUGGAUUUAUUGCCGGACACACAUGAUUUGGGAAUGAUACCCAUGACGUUGCCCCUCCAGUUACGUAUGAAUUGUGGGGAAUGUAAUAUAUGAAAAUAUAGCACUAUAGCAGUGUGUCAUAUGACUGCUCCACUUGGAAUUCAUUCGUUCUUGCAGAAACUGGGAUUCUGUCCUUGUUUUCUCUAUGUUUUUACAUAUGAAUACAAACUUUACGAACUCUAUUUGCGCAACAUAUAGAGGUUCAAUAUUUCAAGCAUAAAUCAUCCCUUAAUUAUCACUGUUCAGAAUUGGAGAAUACAAAACGCUAGUAAGUACAGAAAUUACAUAUAUGGCAUUUUAGGCAGCAGGCAAAAUGAACACAAAAUCAAGAUGGGACAAUCAUCGUAAUGUUUAUAUACGUGGAACGAAAACCCGCCACCAACGAUUUGCCUGAGUAACGACUAACUAGUUUUGACGACACUCAGGCGACCAACCCAUCGAUAAUCUGCAUGGUGAUGCCUGCACCUAAACGAACCUGGGUGGCGCGUGGGUGAACACAAACACUGUUUCAUUGCUCCUCCAGCAGUCGUAGCGCCGACUUCACUAACACCGUCUCCGGCCCUAGCCGCCAUAGUUCCGGACGGACGCUGAAUAUGAGGCCUACCGACCACGUUCUCCAACGCUGCUGCCGCCCUUACGACAUGAGCAACCAAAUUGAAAUUUCUCGGACUGGCUCGACGUCUUUCAUGGUGAAAAGAAUCGAUCAAAGGAACACCAUGGUAAGGGUAACACAUGUUUGUUUGUUUAAAACUGGAGCAUCCAAUAUUGAAUAGUGUUUUUAUUUCUUUUUUGUGAGUUUUCCUGAUAUAAAGGAAGAGAAGGGAAAGAAUAAAGACGAAAGAAGAGGAAUUGUUGUGAAGAAAAGGUUAGGAAUCUGGAAUAAUAGUAGUAGUAGUAUGGUACCAUAACAAUUUCAAAGUGAAGAUGGGUCCAUAAAACCAGAAAGGGAUCGCUUUGUGUCUUUUUAUUACUUCUCGUAUGAGCUUCAUGUUCUUG